AUGUCCCUACGAAAAGGUAGCAUGGGCGAAGUGAAAGUGAAAGGAACACAGCACUUGCCGCUCGCGAGUGACCCUGGUCUUAACGGUGGGUCUGGUCUCCCGGCGAUACCACAGCCUCUAAAUCUCUCCUCUACCUAUCUACUGCUACGCUCAACAUUUCGAUCACGAACUCGCGAGCUUCCAAAACUACCAUUCACACCCGCGCCGAAAUCGCGCCCAUCGAAGCGCGCGUACGAAGAAGAACCAACCGAGCCGUCAAAGCGACAACGUCAAUACGGACUCCGGACGCCGCCUGAACAAUCCAGCGACGUGAGUAGUAACGCUCAAGUGCCCCGAUUCUACACUCCCAGGCCGCCGUCAUCAUCCUCUGGCAAUCCCGCGUACCCGAGCCCGCCGUGUGCUCACCCAUUCAUCCCACAGAAGAUCAACCCAGGAUAUGCGCUUCCUCCAAAUAGCUUCAGUAACAACCAACAGUACGGUUUCCGCUCCCCGUUACAGCCUCCGACAGCCCCCCAGAUGGAUUAUGGCAAUCUAUACCAAGUCUAUGGACCUUACGUGAACCGACACCCUGCUCCAGCAAUACAGUCUGACUAUGUGUGGGGACUACAUAUACCUCAGACUGCGUCUAUGUAUGGAGAACACCAAACCGCAGUGCCCACAACGGUCCAACAGCCUGCACCAACGAUGCAGCCUGAGCAUGCGCGGGGACUACCUCUAUCCCAGACUGUAAGAAGCUACGAGUCCAGCCACCCUAUGGUGCCUAUAAUGGCCGCAAACUUCCCGCUCCAGCAACAGCAGCAACAGCGAGUAGCUUCGAACCAAGUUCAUAUACCUGCUCAUGACACUUACCCACACUACGGAGGCCCACGGCAUGCGGCAUCUCUGCCACCAGCCAUAAGAGUACAAGGUCAAUACCGGUAUGGUACUGCUCCAAUCGCAGUCAUACAGGCUGCUCCCCAUCUGUUAGGGGUAAAAGAAACCCAGCACAGUCCCCGAGUUCCCGUUGGAAACGUGCAGACCGUGCAAGAAAAGUCGCGUACUCAGCAAGAGCAGUGGCUCAUGGAUGCGCUUCCAGACCUCCAAGGAAAGACCGUCACGAUCAUACCAGCUAUUCCCGCCAAGCAAGGCACUGUGGGAACUGUUCUUGGUGCUCAAUAUGAUAGGCUCGUGCCGCGCGAUAUAUGGCGUCUACGCUCCCUGUCCCCCUCUGAACGUUAUGGCGCGUACUCUCUUAUGGUAGCGUUAGGACGUGGAAUGAUCCAGUGUGGUCCAGCUAGCAAAGAGUACCAGAGUCUUUGGAAGCGUAUUGUAAUCGCCCGAGAAGACUUGAUGAAGCGAGAGGUGAACUUUGCGGCUAGAUUCAAGCAAGACACUGCUGAAAACAGGGCGAGCUGGAGCCAGAAAGUGGCAGAUCAGGCUGCCGAGAAUCCAGUCGACCAGAAGAUGGUCGCUGAUUAUGCUCGGUAUCACGAAAAUAUUGCAUCUACGAUACCCCUUGUAGAUGUGGCUGUCAAGACUCAACCACCCACUUCUGGUCAACCACUGGCAGAGCAGAAGCCAGCUACGCAGCAAAGGCCGCUCCCAAAGUCUCAGACCCCUAGAACUCCUUUGCCUGUUGUUACUCAGUCAGCACCGGAAGACCCCAUCAAACCAGAUCAGAGAAAACAUUGCCUGGACAAAGUCCCGGUCCCUCCAUACCCCCUCGACAAACUCGAGUACUUCACCCCGCACGAAGUCACCGGAAUGUAUAAAUGCAACCACUCAUGGGACAACGGAACGAACUGCUGCAAAGUAGGGCUUACGAGGAGGAAAAAGAACAAUUCAAUCUGGAGAACUCUUGCGACGUGGAGAAGCAAGAUAGAGCAAUUGGUCCGGGAGAAUAAGUUGCAUAAGAGCCAUAUAACGUGGGAGGAGAGACAAGCAUCCAAGCAGAGGAAAGAUGAGAAGUGGAAGAAGAUGACGAAUGUGGAAGAGAAGCAAACUCGGAAUGGAAAGAAGGCGGAUGCUAGCGCGAAAGUAGAAGCGAGAAAGGAACGGAAAAAGAGAUGGCGGGAGGAGCCACAUGAUGCGACCGAUGCAGGAGCUGCACCUGGACCUAUUCUGGCACCAGAUUCGCUUGAACAGGACGUCGCACCAACUUCUGAAGUUGAUUCUGAGCUUUCAUUAGAAGAAGAGGCCGCCACCGCCGAGACCGCGCUCCAAGAGCGAAUUGCAAAAGACGUCAAGAUAUACGAGUGGGAACUCAAGCGCUGUAAGCGUCUCGAGGGUACGAAGAAGUGGCCCAAUUGGCCACGCUUCAAUGAAUAUUGGGCGGCAAAACGUCUUAAGGCUCAGCAUUUGCAGCUUUCAGCUGAACAGCAAACUCUAUUGGAGGGCUGGGAACCGUCUGCCAUUCCAGACAAAAAUCCUGCAUUUGUCCAAAAAAAAGGCCGAGGACAUGGUACCGGUAGACGUGGGAGAGAGUGCUGAGGUCGAUGAUUCGAACUUGGACGGAAUAUUUGAAGAUGGGGAGGAGAACGUCGAGCAAGAUGAUCCAGGAUUGGAUGAUCUAUUGGAGGAUGAUGGCUUGGGGUUGUAGAAGACACUUCCUGAGCCUGUGUGACUUCUCAAGAGUGGCUUCGGCCAUUGUGAAAGGUCGUCAGCACAAGGCCUGGCAAGGCCACAGAAACGACCUUGUUGACCCGGAACAGUGUUGAAUAGAUGAUGAAAUAAAAGCCACCACUUACAUGCAACGUCUCCCAUCAUUGCAGACCUGAAACACAGUGUCCUCGCGUCGUAAACUGGUGACUGAAGCGUGGAAUACUCGCAUCUAUGUCUUUCUCACAACGCUCUUGAACGUCCUUUGCGAAGGAUUGCAUUGUGCAGGCCUGUGCUCAACACCAACUUCGUCACGUCAUCCAGUACGAACAAUGCUAUUAUACUUGG